AUGUCCGAUCCCAUUAACGCCAACCCCGAGGUUAUCGACGUGUCAGCCCUGCCCACACGGAACAAAGGCCAGUCGCAGCUCGAUCUGCCUCUUGGAGCCUUUCUAGACACACAUCCCACACCCCUGUCUCUGAUUCAGAACGAGUCCGCCAGCGGAUCCGACGACGAUGAUGACGAUGACGAGCCUGAACCUAUCGAUUCUCAGGAGAUUUACGACCUCAUCGCCACCAUCUCCGAUCCCGAGCAUCCCCUGACUCUCGGUCAGUUGGCUGUUGUCAAACUGGAAGAUAUCUGGGUUCACGACACUGGAGACAAGAACAAGAUGGCCGAGAUUGUGGUCAAAAUCACCCCCACCAUUACCCACUGUUCUCUGGCCACCCUGAUUGGACUUGGAAUCCGGGUGCGACUCGAGCGAGCUCUUCCUCCUCGGUUCCGGUUCACUAUCACUGUCAAGGAAGGUACCCACCAGAGUGAGAAUCAGGUCAACAAGCAGCUUAACGACAAGGAGCGGGUGGCUGCAGCAUGCGAAAACGAACAGCUGCUUGGUGUGAUUUCAGGUAUGCUAGCCACUUGCCAAUAA